AUGGAUAAAGGAUUUAAAGAAACCGAGGCCCUAGGAGACGAGGGCCCAGGUGCUGCUGGGGCGGAGCAGCUACUGGACGUGGACCUUCUCUCCCAGGUGGUGGAAGCUGAGGCUGGGGACAAAAUGAGUGCGGCAGAGGAGGUGGAGUCCCAGGUAGAAGCAGAGGCGAAGCCUGAGGAGCAGCGAGCAGAGCCAGGGCCCAGUGGGACAACCACCCGGCCCACACUGGAUGUGCUGGCGGCCCUUCAGGUCCAGCUGAGCACUGAGAGCGCCAGAGCCAGCAGGGCCUACCUUCAGUUGAAGCGCAAGACCUCUCGGCGUAGAAAGCCCAUUCUUGAGUGCAGAAGGGCCAUCAUCCAGUGCAUCCCCAAAUUCUGGGCCCAAGCUAUCCGGAACCACCCACACAUAUCAGCCAUCAUCACUGACGAAGAUGAAGACCUGCUGAACUACUUGAUCAGUUUGGAGGUGAAGGAAGUGAGCCUUCCCAAAUACCGCUGCAAGUUGAUGUUUUACUUCCAGAGCAACCCCUACUUCCUGAACUACCUGAUCAUUAAGAAAUAUGAUGUCAGCCUUGCAGGGUACAGGGCCUCUAGUUCCACUCCAAUCCUCUGGUUCUGGGAUUAUGAACGUGGAGCCCCCAACCGCCGGCAAGAUACAAGCAGUGUCAGCUUCUUCAACUGGUUGUCUGAACAUACCCUGCCCGGGUCAGGCAAGAUUGCUGAGAUCAUCAGCGAGGACCUGUGGCCCAAUCCUUUGCAGUACUACCCCGCAGACACAGGACCCAGAGGAGGGAGCUGCAGAGAGGACCUGUUGGAGAGGAGGAGCCCUCCUGCUGGGCAUGAAAAGAUCAUCAGCAAGGACCUGUGGCUCAAUCCCCUGAAGAACUAUGAGAGGAGGAUGGCCCCCAGUGAGCGGACAGGAAGGGAGCUGUAUCAGUAA